GAACACUCCGCCACCUACACACUUCUCAAGACAACAUGACUUUACCAACAGCACAAACAUCCAGUAGACCACCCCGCCGAGAGUCGUUCACCCAAUCAUUGUGGCGCCGAGGCUGCUCUCCCUUCGACGCAACGAGAAUGAAUUGCCCUGACUUUCAACCCUCGUCCGCAGAGCCCGAACAACUGCAAGAUCAUCCCGACCAGGAUGGGCUGCGCCCGGGGCACCCGCGUGACGCAGCGGUCCCCACGUCAUCGUCUCACGAAGAAAAGCAGCGGCAGCGGGACUAUGCGGCCUUCGCAAAACUCGUGAGUACGCUUCACAAUGGGCGCUCUGCCGUAUCGGUACCGAAAAGAGAGAGUUUGGAGGCGGGAAAUGGCGUCCUGGCGGAAAGUCCGUCGGUCCUCCGGGUCAUCAGAGACUUCGUGGCAAAGGAGCAUGGAAUCGUCCCUGAACAGUCUAGCCGAGGCUGCCGUUCGAAGACACUCCAUAUGCCAACUAGGAUAAGACCAAAACGUAUCAUAGGCCUCGAGCGGAUGCUGAGAAGGCUUGGGCGUUCGCGCGGAAUGAGAAGACGUGAUCCAAGACAUACCCUGGGGACUAGACAAGGCGUUUUUUGAGCUCAAAAGAAGUACCUAGGGAGCCUGUAGCCUUAAGAACUCGAAAUUGUUGUUCCUUAUCCUGCAUUGCUGCUCUUGCCCCUACGCUCACGAUCCCAGGGAUUCCCUCACGUGCUACCACAUCGGAAAGCCGGAUAGCAGCCGUGCAUGAAGUCGAGAAGGGCCUUCUCGCUUACGGAGCGCGGGCCGCAGUGCUUACAAGCCGAGCCUCGUUGGAUUGGCAGGUGUGGAUGAGGACUUGAGCCAUCCGGUCGUAAUGGGAGGCUGUCUGGAUCUGACAAGCUUAAUAGAGAAAUACGAGUCUUUAGACCGCGCCGAGCAGAUUUGACCACAUCAUGCUUGUCGCCUAGGUGUCGUGAUACGCGUUUAGAGGUAAUAGCAAAGCCACAUUAUUUACAGAUGAUAGCAGGCUCAGGCUAAUUAUAGAAUAAU